AAAAUUUAAAAGAAAUAUUCAAAUAAGCUUUAGUUACUACGCACAUUUUCUAUCGUCGAUAUUCCCUAUGCUGUGAAUGUCUUGGAACAUAUACCUUCUUCCAAUCUUGGAGAUUCCUCUCAAACUCAGGUUGUUCCAUCUCUUAGGAUAUUUUCAAAACAGUUUUAGUAGUACUUAUGCGGUAAUAUUUAUAUCCUUAUGCAAAUUGUAGGCUAUUUGUCUGCAAAUUCGCAAAAAGCUACCAAUUCAGAUUCUCAGCAUGUGUCCUCGUCUGAGGAAGCGCACGCUGUUGUGCGCCAUAAAACAAUGCCACAGACAUCUACAUCCCCAAAUGAAAAAGAACUAACUCGCUCUCAUUCUCUUGGUGCUCGUAGACCUCGCCGGACGAAGUCGUUGCACAAAGAACAAAACUACAUGAGACGCUUCUUGGAUAAAGAUUCUCCUUUGGCUGAUGAAGAGGAAUCUAUUUUCUCCACACACAAUGAUCCUUGUUUUCUUGUAAAACUAAAAGUUUCAGCUACACUAGGGCAUAAAAUCCAAGAAAUACUACAGUCUAACUCAAAUGUGGAGACCUCGGUGCUUGCUGAUAGCGAAGGAUCUAUCAUCGAUGAAGAUUCUUUAAUGAAUAGUACUAAGAAUGGUGACUUGGCAUUGGGCAGACCAUCUUCAACCAAACUGCAACCCGUGCACCCCUUUUCAUUUUCGACAAACAGUUCAGCAUCAAAUUCUUCACAAAAUGUCACUUAUCAUCCCUUUUUUACGUCUUCUGCGAAACGAAAGCAUACGGAUGAUGUAGAAGAUGAAGCUAAGUUUCUGAAAAGCUACCUUGAAUCUGGGAAAGUAACUAAAUUAAAAGACCCUCUUUGGCCUGGUCCUGAUAAUCAAACCGAAUUUUAUCCCCCUGUGCACGUCAGUGAUACAAAAUUACCUUUUUCGAAGAGAUCAGAUUCAAACGGUUCUGCUUUGCUGACAUUGCCUUCUUACUCAGAUAUCUUUUCCAGUGCUUUGAAAGACAUAGACUCUACCAUUAUUGAACCACCAAAGCCUGAAAUAAUCCAGACCACUAUGGAGAAACUACACUGUUUUGCUUCGGAAUCUUUGGGGUUCACUCCUCUUCCUUUUGUGGAAAACGUGCUUUCACACAUCAACUCCAAAGAAUUAGUUAAUAAUGACUAUAAUUUGAGUAACACGUUAUGGACUAUGAAAUACUCACCUAAAAAGUCACUGGAUUCUUGUGCAUCCUCAGAUUGUAUUUCAAAAAUUGAGGAUUGGUUGCGCUCAUGCAAACUCUCCAAACCAGCUGCCCCUUCCCAUACCCCCGAAAAGUCUUCUGUUAUUUCUCGUUCUUCUACCAGUCAAUCUCGUACGUCAGAAAAAUCUUCAAAUGAUUCCUUAUCCGAAAGUGAAUAUGAGCCUGAUAUAAUUACCGAUGAUGAAGAUAAUUAUAUCGCGAAUUCUCGCAAAAAGUCAAAAAGAACUGUUUCACAAUGUCCUAAUUGGAUGGUAGUUGUUGGUCCUAAUGGAAUUGGCAAAACUGCUUCUAUAUAUGCCAUUUGUCAUGAAUUAAACUUCAGAAUAGUAGAAAUUCAUCCCGGGAUGCGACGCUCUGGUCGGGAACUUUUAGAACGGAUUGGAGAGCUCACUCAAAGUCAUGUAGUAGGAGGAUCUAAAGAGAAAGAAUCAACCAAUACACUUAUCCUAUUAGAAGAAGUUGAUAUAAUAUUUCAAGAGGAUCGUGGUUUUUGGCAAGCUGUUACUGCACUCAUUGAAAAAUCCAAAAGACCAGUUGCUAUGACUUGCAAUCAAACUGAUUUCCUUCCGUCGUCAUUUUUACAAGAAGAUCAUAUAGUUGAGUUUCAACAGUUGCCUUUGGCUGCACUGACGGAUUAUCUUUCUUCCAUAUUAUUUUCCGAAAGAGCCAUUGUCUCAAGAAGCGUUGUUGAAUCACUAAUUCAGAAAAUGGGACCGGAUUUACGGACUAUGUUAAUGCAACUUAAUUUUUGGUGCCUUACAGAAACAAUGAAUCCUUUAGGAAGUGGUAAUGAUGUCAAACCCCAAGAUAUACCAACCGUGGAAGCCUCCGUGUCUGCAUUUAAUGAUGGUAUAAACAUCUUUAACGACAGGAUACAAUCUGAAGAAAGCCUUCUUCAAACUUACAGUGAUGAGCAAAAUGGAGAUUUAGGAAUCCUAUUUCUUCCUAACACCGUCAAUUGGAGGAAGCCUCCACGCUCUUCAAAUAACCACGAGUCUUUCCUGGACCAACUGAACCAGUCAUAUGAAUACACCGAUUCUUUAUCGCAUAUAGAUGCUUGCUUUUCUAAUCAAAGCUCUAUCUAUGAAACAUAUGAUUUAUUGUAUGACAGUGUUUCAUUUAAUGACAUUGACCAAGAUGCCCGAGACAAGGUGAAAUUGAGUUGCUCUGACCACCUAAUGGGAUUCCCUAUUAUCACCGAUCCUUUUAAAUCCAACGCAUCACCAGAACCGCAUGAGGUUCAAUUGAAAUACCCACUGUUUAAUUUUGUGCUUGGUCUGUAUGAAAAAAAAGAUUCACCUAUUAUUACAAUAUUACCGACUCCAUUAAAAAGAGUUCCCCUUUAUUUAGCUGUCUUAGCCUCAAAAGUAUCUUAUAAAACGGAUCCUGAUGAGGUCUACAAUGCUCUUUCUUUCUUUUCCCUUUCCGAAUCUCACUCAUCCAUUUUCUUUCCUCCUAAUAGUAUAGAUCGUACGAAUGACAUACUUAUUACAGAAGUUGCCCCUUAUAUUCGUGCGAUGGCAAGGUUUGAUCGUUUACGCUUGAAUGCAUUUAACCUGCUUCUGUCUUCUAAGGGACGGUCUGCUUCCCAUUUAUCCGGAGGGUUGAAUAUGCGACUUUUGAAAAAUCUUGGUUUCACCAAUGAAAAGCUUCAAUAUUUAGGAGUUGAUGGAGGACGUAUUCUAUCAACAUGGCUUUCUUCUGAAAGCAGUUAGUUGUCAUACUUCCGUUUUGACAUACAUAAGUAUAUAUUUACAUGAUAUAAGGAACAUCGAUUUGAAUUGCAUCAUGAAUAUCAUUCAUUAAUAAUUACCAUAGUCAGAAAUGCAGGUCUUUUCUUUUCUUUUCUUUUCUUUAUUUUUUUUCUCUCAUGAAAUUAACGGGAGUAUUUGGUGAUAAAUUUUUUUUAGUAAGAAGUUC